GGAGCGGCGCGGCGUCCCGCGUCACCGGACCCGGACUCAUGUUCGGCCUGCACCAUCACCAGGAUGCCGCCGCCGGCUUGCACCAUCACCAUCAACCGCGCGGUCCCAGUCUCAAGGAGGAGCCGCUCACGACGGCCAGGUCGUGGAUGCAGUCCGCCGCCCCCGAUCAGACCGGGAUCGGCGUCGGACGGGCGCACUUCGAGAAACAGCCGCCGAGCAACCUGAGAAAAUCGAACUUCUUUCAUUUCGUGGUGGCCCUCUAUGAUCGUGCGGGACAACCGGUGGAAAUUGAACGGACCGCCUUCAUCGGGUUCAUCGAGAAAGAUCAGGAGGCCGAUGGUCAAAAGACAAACAACGGGAUACAGUAUAGACUGCAACUGUUGUAUGCCAACGGUGUACGACAAGAACAGGACAUUUACGUACGACUCAUCGACUCCGUGACAAAACAAGCCAUUAUUUACGAAGGACAAGACAAGAAUCCUGAAAUGUGCCGGGUGCUCCUCACGCACGAGAUCAUGUGCAGUCGGUGUUGCGACAAGAAGAGUUGUGGCAACCGGAACGAGACGCCUUCAGAUCCUGUAAUUAUCGACAGAUUUUUUCUGAAGUUCUUUCUGAAGUGCAAUCAGAACUGUUUGAAGAACGCCGGCAACCCGAGGGACAUGAGAAGAUUCCAGGUGGUAAUAUCGACUCAAGUGGCGGUAGAUGGGCCCCUACUGGCGAUAUCGGACAACAUGUUUGUUCAUAACAAUUCCAAACACGGUCGACGGGCCAAACGACUGGAUCCCACCGAAGGACUCUACCCCCCGUUACCCGUGGCAACGCCUUGCAUAAAGGCAAUAAGUCCCAGCGAAGGUUGGACGUCGGGCGGAUCCACAGUAAUCAUUGUCGGCGACAAUUUCUUCGACGGUCUUCAAGUGGUGUUCGGGACAAUGCUGGUCUGGAGCGAGCUAAUUACGCCGCACGCAAUAAGGGUGCAAACGCCACCCAGGCACAUUCCCGGCGUCGUGGAAGUUACGCUCUCGUAUAAAUCAAAGCAGUUUUGUAAAGGAGCACCCGGAAGAUUUGUUUAUGUUUCAUUGAACGAACCUACGAUAGACUACGGUUUCCAAAGACUGCAAAAACUAAUUCCCAGGCAUCCAGGGGAUCCGGAAAAGUUACCAAAGGAAAUUAUCCUGAAAAGAGCGGCAGAUUUGGCGGAAGCUCUUUAUACAAUGCCCAGGAACAAUCAACUGUCAUUAUCAGCACCUAGGUCGCCUACAAUGGGCAACAAUGGCAUGUCUUCCACCUUUAAUGCGUACACGGGCCAGUUGGCGGUCAGCGUACAGGACAACGGAAACGGUCAGUGGACAGAAGAAGAGUACGGCGGCCGCGCGCAGAGCAGCAGCGUGUCGCCCCGGGGCGGCGGCUAUUGUUCGAGCGCCUCAACACCACACUCGUCCAACGGCGGCGGCGGCUCCUACGGCGGCGCCAACAUGAACGGGUACGGCGGCGCAACACCAACAAGCACCGCGGCGCAACUCUCUAACAUGCUACCCGGAUCACCGUCCACCGGAAUCUUCAACAGUACACCACUUUCGCCGGACUCGGGGGUUCAUUAUCAUUUCGGCGCGCACAAUACUAAGACGGAGCCCGGGGGCUGCAGUGGCGGCGGCGGCGGCGGCGGCGGCAAAGAGAAAAGCGCCUUCGCCCCGGUGAUCAGGGGCAGCGAUUCGCCCCACGCCACCCCCGCACCCGCGCUCUUCCACCAUCAGCCCGUCACCGGUUGGCACCACUUGGCUGUGCAGUGAAUGGGUUUAGUGUCGUCGCCCUUCGCUUCGAUGAACCCGUUCGCUUUGCCGACGUGCAACUCGCAAACGUACGGUACAAGCCCACUGGUGGGAACGGGGAAAUAGCGACCUGAAAUUGACCCGGGUCCCCAAUAUUGUGCACCGUCGCCGCAAAACGUCGAACAAAGUGCAAUAUAUUCGGUGUGAGGAGUACAAGGACCCUCGACACAAAUUUACGCCGCCACAUCUACACAGCUCUGUACCUAGAUUUCGAGGACAUCGUUUCGUGCUCCAGUCCAGGCUCAAAGUUUGGCGGUCCCAGGAUUCGGUUUCCGUUUUUUAACUGACAGCGACAAGCAGACACCAAAAUUGUUUUGCAACAUGUAAAGGAAUUAUUAAAUAUUGCCGAUUGGAAAACGACAAUUUUCGUGUGUUCUUGUUGUGAAAAUAUGACAUAUCAAGUGUAUAGUACCUCUGCUAUAUAUUUGCAAAUUUUUUUCAUUUUUGUUUCGUUUCACUCGUUAUUUAUUUCGAAUAUACCUACCUUAACUGUGAUUACAAAGAUACUUGUGUAGUUAUUUGUAAAAAUUGUAAUUAUAAUUAGCCUAUAAGAAGAUAUUAUUGCACAAAUUAAUAUAAAAAAUCGAUUUAGCAUAUCUUUACUGAAUAUACAUAUCGCUUAGAGCUGGGAUUCUAAAUUAAAUAAAAAAAAACAAAUUUCUGUAGUUUUUUAUGAUGUAAAUAUCAACUAUUUGUUACUGUAACAUGUGCGAAACUUUUUAUUCACUGUACAGUUUUUCAAUUGAAGUUGUAAAAUUAUUGAAAAAAAAAAUCAAUCUAGACCGUUUUUGAGUUAUCAAUAAAACAUUCGACACAUGUGCAGAAACAAAUUUAUGCUAAUGUAACGAAUACCAACAACGUAUUUCUAGAAAUAUAUUUUCUAAGAUUGUCAUAUCACAAAAAAAUCGUUUAUAUGUAUAAUUCUGUAUAUAUUUUAAUACAUAUAGAUUAUUAGUUGGCGAAUAAAAACUACGUGACUUCUUUAAGUCCUCCUUUUGACAAAGCGAGAGCAAAAGUAUACGACCUUUUCUAUAGUUUGGAAGUAAUAUAAGGAUAAAUAAGAACAGUAAACAUUUUCUAUUUAAAAAUUCUAUAAUUAUUUUCGUACGUGUUGUAUUCGUCAAUUACCGAUACUUG